AAAACAAUGGCGGCGGACUUGGCCAGAGCCCCAUCUCUCCAAAUCGUCUGCGCUCACAACUUGAAGAACGCGCGGUCAGCGGGGAAAAAAUCCGAGGACAAGGUAAAGGAGGUCUCUGUCUGUAUGAAAGGGACAAGUCUAGAAAGAGCACGGUCGGGGCUAGUUAACUGUGAACCAACGACAGGCAACAAAGUGCUGCUAAAACUUAAAGACUGCGGUAGUAAAGGCACGGAGAUAGGCAGCGUCGCAUUGGGUGGACUUAAACUGCGACUCAAGCUGAUACACCGAGCCAUGGCCGACGCGAGACCGUCCUCACACGCCGGGGCGUUGAUGUUGAUGAUGUCGGCUAAACUGUUAUGUGGGAUUUUACUGUUGCUAACGACGAGUCAGUUUUACCGUGCCGAAAGUCUUGCCCUUCAUGACAAUCACCGGGGAAGACACCAUGUACAUUUUAACACGGCAAACAGUAACGGUGACGGGAGAAGUAACAGUAAUCGAAGGAUUGACAGUGACAGUAACGGUACAGCGGUGCAACACCAGCAACAACAACAACAACAACAACAACAACAACAACAACAACAGGAGGCAUACAACAUUACAACAGUAACAACAACAAUGCUCCCUGCCUCGGAGAAACAAAUACGGUGGGCCAACGCCGCGUAUAACUAUGUGACAAACUUAACGUGUGAGGAUGUCUUUUUCACUACGGAGAGAGAAUGUGAAAAGCUAGUGAGACUUAAGAAGUCAGAACUCAAUAUUUACCUGGCAGAUCCGGUGCCAUCCGGGCGGCUGUCCUCAAUUCUACCGGAUGGGGGUCUGUCACGAUCAGGCACCCACGAUGCGGUGUUGACCUUGGACCCCUACCCCCGGGCCAACUUCGGUCAUCUUGUUGUUGUGUUUUAUAUCGACUUCGGAUUAUCCAGAUCAAUGUGUGAGCUGAAGGGUGGCCAAUAUAUCGGGGACGACGAGUGUCUGAGUCUCGCUCUUAAGAAAAGGUGCAAGAAUGCUCUAGAAAGUCGACGGAAACGUAAGAACUUCGCCAGACGCUGCGAGAUCAACUUUUUACCUCUGGUCUACGAACACGGGGAAGGCAGCAACAAACGGACGCAAUUACUUUCCUGUCGGAACAACAUCCCUGACUUUGGAGCCUGUCCCGAAACUAGACCCGAAAGCGAAAUGUCUAAAUUAUAUUGUGAUCCAAUCGCUGAAAACACACGACGGUGUGAAACCACGCACGAUAUCGUUAGGACGAGAUGUCGUGUGUUCGAGAUUUGCGACCAUGCUGUCUUGCUCUCUGGAGGCUGGGACAAACACGGGAGCUUGAUGAGACACAAGCAAAACAUUAUAGAGUUUUAUGGAAUGCUUCGAAAUAAUGGAUUUAAACGAGGCAAUAUCAAGAUUUUCUUUGCCAACGGCCUGGAAAACGGAAUCGAAGUGCCUGGCGAUGACGAACCACACGAGGUGUUUCCCGCUGCAAUGAAGCUGGCCAUGAGGUUCCACAUGCGAAAACUGUGCGAAAACCCUCACUGUGUUGAUUCCCUGGUCCUCUACAUGAACAGUCCGACUAAAAAUGAUGGGACAAGCUUACUGUGGGACAUAGACCAGGAUGGAAAGAGACCAGAUUUUCUAAAGAUCUCAUAG